AUGAAACACAUCAUCACAGCAACCGACGAAAGAAAACUAUGUGAAUAUAAUUUGACAGAAAUGGAAUACCCAGCAUUCAAAGCUAACAAUUACUUCUUGAGUAAAAUGGUUCCAUUCUGUAUCGGCUAUUUUAAGAGCAAGGUUACAUUCAAUAAUACUCUCCUUCACAUUCCAGAGCAGUUCAAAGGAAAUUUAUCUUGUUGUUCAUUAGCGAACGCACGAAAGUCAUAUAUGGAAAUUUCAUAA